GACAGCUAACCAAAAGUCAUCUGAAAUUGUGACUGGCUGAUAAUCCCAGGACAAAAUUAGAGAUCACUACUCAAGCAUAAGCCUCCACGAAGAUGUUUGAUUUAAAGGCUUGGGCUGAGUAUGUUGUGGAAUGGGCUGCAAAGGACCCAUAUGGCUUCCUUACAACAGUUAUUUUGGCUCUGACUCCAUUGUUUCUAGCAAGUGCUGUGCUGUCUUGGAAAUUGGCCAAGAUGAUUGAGGCCAGGGAAAAGGAGCAAAAGAAGAAACAAAAACGUCAAGAAAAUAUUGCAAAAGCUAAACGACUAAAAAAGGAUUGAAGGAAUGAACAGGCUGUGUGUCCAGAGGAAAAUUGUUCAGAAAAUUAUGCAUCUUUGAAAGGACCCAUUAAGGUUUCUGUUUGGAUCUUAUGACAGUAUUACGAAACGAAGUCUGAGUCUAUGGAAGAAUCAUGUCAGUUCUCACCUGUACUGUAGCAGCUUUUCGGCUUCAGUAUAGAAGUCUGUUGACAGUUACUGUAAAUUGGCAUUUAUUAUGCUACAGAUUCUUUUAACUGACUUUCAUUUGCCUUUUUGCAGCUUAUGUAUGAAUACUAAAAUGAAAACAUCCUGUGAAGAAAAGUGACUUUAGAUUAUGAACUCUAUUCAAAUAAUGGCUUAAAAUGUGGUCCUGUUCUGGACAGAGGAGAUUAAGAAUGUAAAAAUCAAGAGCUGUUCUGAGCAGAAAA